GGGAUUUGGUUCGUGAAGCAAGAUCGCCCUCUCAGUGAAAGGCAGAUGUCCCUUUAAGGUUUGCUUUGCUGCUGCCUGUGGACUUUAGCCUAAACACGGUCCCGCGAAGUUGGCUUUAUUUGUCCAUGUCUCGGACAGAGCCUGGGUGGCUGCCAGUGAGAUUUCAGAGACUUGAGCGCAAAGGGGCGGGAGAUGUGGCAAUCCAUCUGGGAUCUGAGAAGCGUGGAGCGGGCUUAGCAGCAUUCGACCAAAACACAGGAAAUUACUCUUCCACCGCUCCAGGGCGCUGCAGCCGCUGGGGCCGCUGCCGGACACCCGCGGAGACCGCACCGAGUGACCCAGAGCGCAAGUCGCCGGCGCCUGGCUUCUGCCUGUUCCUGCCAGCUCCUGCCCACGAACCAGUACGUCGCUGGUUCCAGCAGCCACUCCAGCAAUGGUCCCCAGGCGUCCUGCUAGCCUAGAGGUCACUGUAGCCUGCAUCUGGCUUCUCACCGUUAUCCUAGGCGUCUGCAUCUCCUUCAACGUUGAUGUCAAAAACUCCAUGAGCUUCAGUGGUCCAGUGGAGGACAUGUUUGGAUACACCGUUCAACAGUAUGAAAACGAAGAAGGCAAAUGGGUUCUUAUUGGUUCUCCUUUAGUUGGCCAACCCAAAGCAAGAACUGGAGAUGUCUAUAAGUGUCCAGUUGGGAGAGAGAGAUCAAUGCCUUGUGUGAAGUUGGAUUUACCAGUUAACACAUCGAUUCCUAAUGUCACAGAAAUAAAGGAAAACAUGACAUUUGGAUCAACUUUAGUCACCAAUCCGAAGGGAGGAUUUCUGGCAUGUGGGCCCUUGUAUGCCUAUAGAUGUGGACAUUUGCAUUAUACGACUGGCAUAUGUUCUGAUGUCAGCCCUACAUUUCAAGUUGUGAACUCGUUCGCCCCUGUACAAGAAUGUAGCACACAGCUUGACAUAGUCAUCGUCCUAGAUGGCUCCAACAGCAUCUACCCCUGGGAAAGUGUCACUGCCUUUUUAAACGACCUUCUUAAGAGGAUGGACAUUGGCCCCAAACAGACACAGGUUGGAAUUGUACAAUAUGGAGCAAAUGUAACACAUGAGUUCAACCUCAAUAAGUAUUCAUCCACAGAAGAGGUCCUGGUGGCAGCAAACAAAAUAGGCCGCAGGGGUGGUCUCCAGACGAUGACAGCCCUUGGAAUAGACACAGCCAGGAAAGAGGCAUUCACUGAAGCUCGGGGGGCCAGAAGGGGAGUGAAAAAAGUCAUGGUUAUUGUGACUGAUGGAGAAUCGCAUGACAACUAUCGCCUGAAACAGGUCAUCCAAGACUGUGAGGAUGAAAACAUUCAGCGAUUUUCCAUAGCUAUCCUUGGCCACUAUAACAGGGGGAACUUAAGCACCGAAAAAUUUGUGGAGGAGAUAAAAUCAAUCGCAAGUGAGCCCACCGAAAAGCACUUCUUCAACGUCUCAGAUGAGUUGGCCCUGGUCACUAUUGUUAAAGCUCUGGGAGAAAGGAUAUUUGCUUUGGAAGCUACAGCUGACCAGUCAGCAGCUUCGUUUGAAAUGGAGAUGUCUCAGACCGGCUUCAGUGCUCAUUAUUCACAGGACUGGGUCAUGCUUGGAGCUGUUGGAGCCUAUGACUGGAACGGAACUGUGGUCAUGCAGAAGGCUAACCAGAUUGUCAUCCCUCAUAACACCACCUUUCAAACUGAGCCCACCAAGAUGAACGAGCCUCUUGCUUCUUACUUGGGUUACACAGUGAACUCUGCCACCAUCCCGGGAGAUGUGCUCUAUAUCGCUGGGCAGCCUCGGUACAAUCACACCGGCCAGGUCGUCAUCUACAAGAUGGAGGAUGGGGACGUCAACAUUCUGCAGACACUCAGUGGAGAGCAGAUCGGAUCCUACUUUGGUAGCGUCUUAACCACAAUUGACAUCGACAAAGAUUCUUACACUGAUCUGCUUCUCGUCGGGGCUCCCAUGUAUAUGGGGACAGAGAAAGAGGAACAGGGCAAGGUGUACGUGUACGCUGUGAAUCAGACGAGGUUUGAAUAUCAAAUGAGCCUGGAACCAAUUAAGCAGACCUGCUGUUCAUCCCUGAAGGAUAAUUCAUGCACAAAAGAAAACAAGAAUGAGCCCUGUGGGGCCCGUUUUGGAACAGCAGUUGCUGCUGUAAAAGACCUCAACGUGGAUGGCUUUAAUGACGUCGUGAUUGGAGCUCCCCUGGAAGACGACCACGCAGGAGCUGUGUACAUUUAUCAUGGCAGUGGCAAGACCAUAAGGAAAGAGUAUGCGCAACGCAUUCCCUCAGGUGGGGAUGGGAAGACGCUGAAAUUUUUUGGCCAGUCUAUCCACGGAGAGAUGGAUUUAAAUGGCGAUGGUCUGACUGACGUGACCAUUGGAGGCCUUGGAGGAGCUGCCCUCUUCUGGGCCAGAGAUGUGGCUGUAGUUAAAGUGACCAUGAAUUUUGAACCCAACAAAGUGAAUAUUCAAAAGAAAAACUGCCGUGUGGAGGGCAAAGAAACAGUAUGCAUAAAUGCUACAAUGUGUUUUCAUGUGAAAUUGAAGUCUAAAGAAGACUCAGUUUACGAGGCUGAUCUGCAGUACCGUGUCACCCUUGAUUCGCUGAGGCAGAUAUCACGGAGCUUUUUUUCUGGAACUCAGGAAAGGAGGAUUCAAAGAAACCUCACCGUUCGAGAAUCCGAAUGCAUCAGGCACUCCUUCUACAUGUUGGAUAAGCACGACUUUCAGGACUCCGUGAGAGUGACUUUGGAUUUUAACCUCACUGAUCCAGAAAAUGGGCCCGUGCUCGAUGACGCUCUGCCAAACUCAGUCCAUGGACAUAUUCCUUUUGCCAAAGACUGUGGGAACAAGGAAAGAUGCGUUUCAGACCUCACCCUGGAUGUGUCCACAACAGAAAAGAACCUGCUGAUUGUCAGAUCCCAGAAUGACAAGUUCAAUGUCAGCCUCACCGUCAAAAACAAGGGAGACAGUGCGUACAACACCCGGACAGUGGUUCAGUAUUCUCCAAAUCUGAUUUUUUCAGGAAUUGAGGAGAUCCAAAAAGAUAGCUGCGAAUCCAAUCAAAAUAUCACGUGUAGAGUUGGAUAUCCUUUCCUGAGGACAGGAGACGUGGUUAACUUCAAAAUAAUAUUCCAGUUUAAUACAUCACAUCUCUCAGAAAAUGCAAUUAUUCAUUUAAGUGCAACAAGUGACAGUGAAGAGCCCCUGGAAUCUCUUUACGAUAAUGAAGUAAAUAUUUCCAUCCCCGUAAAAUAUGAAGUCGGACUGCAGUUUUACAGUUCUGCGAGUGAACACCACAUUUCAGUUGCUGCCAAUGAGACUGUUCCUGAGCUGAUUAAUUCCACCAAGGACAUUGGGGAUGAAAUUAAUGUCUUCUACACGAUUAGAAAAAGAGGGCAUUUCCCAAUGCCAGAACUUCGGCUGGCAAUUUCAUUUCCCAAUCUGACGUCAGAUGGCUAUCCUGUACUGUACCCAACUGGAUGGUCAUCUUCUGAUAAUGUAAACUGCAGACCUCGAAGCCUUGAGGACCCUUUGGGUAUCAACUCUGGGAAGAAAAUGACAAUAUCAAAGUCUGAGGUUCUCAAAAGAGGCACAAUCCAGGACUGCAGUACCUGCAAGAUUGCUACCAUCACGUGUCAUCUCCUUCCCUCGGAUGUGAGUCAAGUGAAUGUCUCACUCAUCUUGUGGAAACCAACUUUCAUAAAAGCACAUUUUUCCAGCUUAAAUCUUACCAUACGGGGAGAACUUCAGAGUGAAAACUCAUCGCUGACUUUAAGCAGCAGCAACCGGAAACGAGAGCUGGCUAUUCAGAUAUCCAAAGACGGGCUCCCAGGCCGAGUGCCGCUGUGGGUUAUCCUCCUGAGCGCCUUUGCGGGACUCCUGCUGUUAAUGCUGCUUAUAUUAGCUCUGUGGAAGAUUGGAUUCUUCAAAAGGCCACUAAAGAAGAAAAUGGAGAAAUGAAAUAUUUAAGGAAAAAAACCAAUAACAACUAUUCAACAAUCUAUCCUCAGGUUUGCCUCAAUCAUGUGAGAAGAAAUUCAGAAAUAUAGCCAAAGAUGUGGUCACAUAGCUCCAUGUACUCCAUCAUCCAUCUAGGAUUGCUUACUUGGAAAGAGACAGAUCAAGUGUGACCCAGAAAGGCUACCCAAAGAUACAGUGUAGAAAGCAAUGGGAAAUAUUUUUAAUAAUUACUCAUUUUUGCUGAGUAAGUGAAAUGACAAAGAGUUUUAAAGAAGAAUCGUCCGUAUAAGUACCUUUAUGUGUUUACGUGCCACACAGAGUAUCUUAAGGGAUGCACAAAAAGAGCUUCGUGUUCCGUGAAGCAGUUACUCUCAGCACAGCAUAAAUAAAGAAUCUCUCCUUGGUCACAUCUUCCGAGUGACACUCAGCAUUUGUAAAUGACAACACGGGAAUGGGGUGAAAGGUUCUCCCAGUUCAAAUGAGAAAAACUUUCCUUAGCCAAGCUCAUAUACAAUAUGGACUGAAAAUAGAAUUAGAUCACGGGUGACACUCGGUGACCUUGUGGAUCCCAUAAGGUGGAAAGAGUAUUUUCCAGUGUGAUUGGAAAAUAGUGCAGUUGAGCUUAAAUUCUAUGUAGAAUAGGCAGUCAAGAUGGAGUCCUUAUUUAAACAUGAGCGCACUGAAUCUAUUAAUUUAAACUUUUACAGAAAGUAAAACUGCUUAAUUUAUAUUGAGCUCUAGAACAAAAAACUCUUAUAAUAUAUAUAAUAUGUAUGUAUACGUAUAUAUAUAUUAUAUAUAAAGUUGAAGCAGCCUGUGUAGCAUAACAAUGAUAAGUAGUGAAAAGCCACACCAUGUGUGUGAUGCCCAGAGGGUUUCUUAAUGAAACAUGAGCAUACAUAGAUGACCCAAUAAAACUGAUGUCACCUUUCCUGAGUAGUUAUUUAAUGCUAGGGCUUCUGGGAUGUUUCAUUAAGUAGGGGGCUUCUCAACUCUGGUAUAAGGAUCAUGUAAAACCACAAAAUAUGACUGUUUAUUUUAAUUUUUUUCAAUUUUCUAAACACAUUUUAUGUUGUUAUUGAAAAAAGCAGUCUCCCCGGCUAAUGUUAUAUUGUACCAAGAAAUCACUGCUUUCGAACAUGGUGUAUCAGUAUUUAAAUAGAAAACCAGGUAAUUUAAAGAAUUUAUAUCUUGAAAACAUAUACUAACAGAGACAUACAACUCAUUUGUUUGCACUUCUGUUUUCCUGAAAUAAUCCCUGAGGCCCGUGGACUCUGCUGUAACAUAAGCUUGCAGAUUGCUCCAUUUCAAUUACAAUGAAUGAAUGUACGGUAUCAUCGUGUGUGAACUACUGCUGUAAAAUGUGCUGAUCCUCCUGCCCCAAACCCACCUCUCCACUUGAUUGCCCACUGUAAGACCUGUCAGUAUCCAGAAAGAGCUGGGCUCUGCUUUCCUCAAAACUCAGCAAGCCAACAGAGAAAUUAGAUGCUAUCGGUUUGAUAUUUUUAAAAAAAAAUAUUUCUGAGAAUUAUCUUAGGGCUCAGAUUCAGCCUCUUGGCUUUCCACCCUUACAUGUCAGAUCCUAAGGGCUAAAGGAUGGAUGAUGCUACAGUCAUCCCUGGCUGGAAGAGAGGUGGACUGGAAGCUAGAAGAAAGAUGCGCUCCAUUUUCACUCUCUCGCCAGCUUUGGAAGUCAUACUUUGCUCCUGUUCUUUGCCCAACAGAACUCGGGUGAUUCUUGCUCAGUUACCAUGCUGCCCAACUCCAGUACAUACCUGCCCAGCAGCCCCACUCCUAGCUCCAUGCCUUUAGGAGUGAAAUUCAUUGGAUACAUGUAGAUUCAUCUUUGAUGUAAGGGGCUUAAAGGCAUUGAACUUUGCACAUGGAGCUAUAAAGUGGGCGUAUUUAAGCUAAAUAUGUUGUUGAGCAGUGCGGAAGCAGAAAUCAAGACAGUUUGAACUUUUAAGAAAGGAGAGGAAGAGCCGUUUGGCCAGAUAAAAAGAUGUUAAAA